CCCAAAGGUGGUUCCUUGAGGCCCAUAGCUCUCCUAUCGCAGUUGUGUCCUCGUUAGCCCAGGGAGCUCCUUCAACGACGCAAUUCCCACCACCCACGCCAGGCUGUUCUUCCUUUCCCCCCCGCAACCACGACCGCCGACUUGGCCCCGACCUCGAAUCGAUCGAAUACUAGCUUAAGUUCUCUUCGAACUUGAGACGGACUUUUCUGCGAAUAAGCCAUGGCGCCGACAACAUCAUUGCUGCGCUACGUGUGCGGUCUGGUGCUCCUCGCCUGCUGCGCCCAGGCGCUGAGGUUCGAUUUGCAAGCCACGAGCACCCACGAGGGCAGGAAGGAGCGAUGCAUCCGCAAUUUCGUCGCUAGGGACACCUUGGUCGUCGUCACGGCUAUUGUGGACGGUUCAAAGGGUGACGGCAUGACCGUCAACAUGCACAUCAAGGACGCUGUUGGCAACGACUACGGAAAGCCCAAGGACAUUGCAGGCGGCGAGAAGCGUGUCGUCUUCACCUCCCACGCAGACGCCGCCUUUGACGUUUGUUUCGAAAACAUCCUCUCUGGCUCCGGCCGUAGCGGCGCAACGAGCCGCCACAUUGAACUCGACAUCGACAUUGGCGCCGACGCGAAGGACUGGAACGCCAUCCAGGCGACGGAGAAGCUCAAGCCCGUCGAGGCGGAGCUUAGGCGCAUCGACGAGCUCGUCAGCGAAAUCAACACCGAGAUGGACUACCUGCGCGCCCGCGAGCACAAGCUGCGCGACACCAACGAGAGCACAAACACCCGCGUCAAGUGGUUCGGCAUCGGCACGACGCUCAUCCUCGUCGGUCUGUGGGGUUGGCAGAUUAUGUACCUGCGGGCAUACUUCAGAUCCAAGCACCUGAUUUAAACGCAUACAUCGGUGAAGUGAAAACGGAGGUCCAGCCCAAUGGCUUGACAAACAGCGUAAAGGAGUUACGGAAGACGAGAGAUGUUGACACCGCCGCGGAGCGGUGAUGAUGAGUUUCUCUGUGAUGCCAUCGGAAAGCAUCAAAAACCACCUCGGGGUUUUCGAGUGUGUAUUAGUGUAUGCAUACAUACGACGGUCACCAUAAAAGUCAUGAAUGAUAUAACGCAAAUUACAUUACAGCAGGAA